CGUUAACGGCAAAUUAGAAUCGACCUACCGGGCUGAAAAAUUUGCUCAGCCGAAUUUAAAACAGGCUUUAAUUUUGCGUUAUCCGACGCCAAAGUCUGUUACACAACUACCCUCCCAAACAUCGUCCGCGAAUAACGUCAAGCAUGUUUAA